AGCUCCCACGCUCACAAGCACACAUGCACAAACACACACACACACAUAUGCACACACACACACACACAUAUACACACACACACACACCUUUUCCUUUCUGCCUUUUCUAAGCCACUCCCUUUGUCCUUUUCACAUACAGCCUACUCCCCAGAGGACUGUGAGUGAUCCUCUGUUUGUGGGGUUCCGUUCAUUGUGUUUUAGUCUGUAAAUUUAUUUUAUUUUAUUUUAUUUUAUUUAGUUUUAUUUUUGUGGUUGUAUGUGGUGUCUUGAUCAGAAAUGGCAGAGUUCCUGGACCAUAACUCUCCCUUCUCCAUCUCUGAGGGAAUCUACUACAUACUGGUGGCUAGCCUGGGAAUCCCAUCAAACCUGCUGUCCAUAGUGGUCCUCUGUUCUCAGCGCUGUGGCAUGUCGCGCAGCACAGUGAUCUACCUGGUUUCUCUGGCUCUCGUGGACACAGUCUUCAUGGUCCUGGGGGGGCUGGUGGAUGUUGGGGCCAGCUGGCAGGAGUCUGUGACCUCCCGGGCCCCUAGCAGCCUCCUCUGUGGCUUCGUCACCUUUAACGAGCAGUGGACGCAGUGCAGCUCCCAGUGGAUCGUCACCGCCUUCACCCUGGAGCGCUACCUGGUGUCCCGGGGGCGGGGCCCGAGACCGGGCCUCUCCUGCCGACUCUCCCGGUCGCAGGUGGCGCUGGUGCUGGUGCUGGCGUCCGCGUUCGGCUCGCAGGUCCUCAGCCUCCCCUACUGCUGGCUGUACCAGGCCCCGGAGGCGACGGACGAGGCCGAGAGCUGGACCCCCGUAUCGCUGCUGUGGAGGAACGUGUCUCAGGUCCUGCUGUCGUCGCGGUGCCGGGUUCUCCACGCUCCCCGCGUCCCCGGCCUGGUCUGGUCCUACCUGCUGCUGUCCAGCUGGCUGCCCAUGAGCCUGACGCUGUCUCUGAGCGUGCUCCUGUCCCUCCACUUCCACAAGCGCGCCCGCUCCCUGGUCGCCCCGCGCAGCAGCGCCCCCUUCAGGGACGCCGGGUCGCGGAUGCGACGGUCUGGCCGUAUCCAGGUCGUGGUGGCGCUGGUGAUGGUCUUCCUCAACCUCCCCCACUAUGUGACGCAGGGCAUAAUGGCCGCCCUGUUGGAGCAGGCCAGGAGGGUGGAAGGGGCUCUGGGGGUGGCGGUGGGCGCGGCUCUGAUGCUGCAGUGGCUCAGCAUGGUCAUUCACUUCCUGCUCUACUGCUUCCUCUCGUCCGGUUUCCGCCGCGAGACGCUCGCCCUCCUGAGGCGACUCUGCAGGUGCAGCCCAGUGUCUCGAUACCCCUGGAGCAACCGCUGCACCCAGCGACCCCAGCGACCCCAACGUCCACCCACGAGUCAACCCUGUGAGGUGUGGCUGGUCCAGGAGGUUCCGGAUGACCACGGAAAAUGGCAGAGCUGAACAUCGCACCCCACCCCCCCCCCCCCCCACCCCUCCGUGCUAGAAUGUUAGCAGGACGGGCUGAAUGGGAGGUAAUGGGACUUGAGGAGGAUAGUGAUUAUGUUUUGGGUCAUUGAACUUACCCUAA